AUGAGGUGGAGAACGGUGUGGUCAUGUUUUCUCGCUCUGUCUGUUGCCAGUUUCAUUGAGGUUCAAGCCAGAUUGGUUCGCAACCAUGUCAGCAGCAUCUGCAGCACAUGGGGCAGAGAGCACUUCAAGACCUUUGACGGCAAUGUGUACCAGUUUCCUGGUAUGUGUGAAUACAAUCUGGUCUCUGACUGCCAUGAGGCGUAUCAGGAGUUUUCAGUGCACAUGAAAAGAACAGAAAAUGAAGGAAACCCUGCAGUAGGUUACGUUGUGGUUACCAUCAACGACCUUUCUUUUCACCUUGGCAAGAAUUGGGUUACUGUCAACAGUAAGCAGGUUCAAUUACCAUUCCAUCAAGGAGGAGUACAGGUGGAAAAAAAUGCUGUUUACAUCAAACUCCAGUCCAAAGUUGGAUUGACUGUCAUGUGGAACACUGGUGAUGCAGUCAUGGUAGAAAUCGAUCAUGACUAUGUAAACCGUACAUGUGGACUUUGCGGAGAUUUCAAUGGUGAUCCACUCUUCAAUGAGUUCAUUCUGAAUGGUCGCAAAAUCAGCCCAACUGAGUUUGGCAACAAGCAUAAAGUUCAUAUUCCUAAUGAUGACUGUGAGGAUCCGUAUGAAGAGGAAGAUGAAUUACUGGAGGAUGGGAAUGUGCUAGAUUCAUGCAAGGAGUUUCAAACCACCUGUGAACAGCUGCUCCAUUCAGAGUCCUGGAGCUUGUGCACCAAACUGAUCAACCCUGAACCUUACAUCCAAGCAUGUGUGCAGGACAUGUGUGGCUGUGACAACAAUACAAAUGGCUUCUGUGUCUGCAGUACAUUGUCAGAGUUCUCUCGACAGUGUUCUCAUGCAGGAGGAGAGCCACCCAACUGGAGGACAACUGAGUUCUGUGCUGAACAGUGUCCAUACAACAUGGUGUAUGAAGAGAGUGGUUCACCUUGCAUGGAUACUUGUACUCUUCAGGACACAAGUUCACUGUGUGAAGACCACAAAAUGGACGGCUGCUUCUGCCCCCCUGGAACUGUGUUUGAUGAUAUUUCCAAGAGGGGAUGCAUUGCUCAGUCUGAAUGUCAGUGCAAACAUGGUAAAAUCUAUAAUCCUGGAGAGGUUUACCAUCAGGGCCAAGAGGAAUGUACGUGUGUUAAGGGGAUGUGGGAUUGUAUGAGUCUCGAAGCAUCUGCUACAUGUGGAGUUGAAGAGGGUUCACAUUUUACUACCUUUGAUGGGAAACUCUACACCUUCCACGGAGAUUGUUACUACACCCUCGCCAAAGUAGAAAGCAAGUUUACCAUCCUGGCCCAGUUGGUGCCAUGUGCACAUCAACAGUUUGACACUUGUCUGAAGACCCUUAAAAUCUUGCUGAACAAUGACAGAAACAAUGUAUUAACCUUCACACCUGACGGGACAGUUAAGCAGAAUAUGCAGCCCAUCAAUUUGCCAUACAUGUCAGGAGACAUCACCAUAUUUGAUGCUUCAUCCUUCCACAUAAUUCUUCAGACCAGUUUUGGGCUGCAAGUCCAGAUCCAGCAUGUCCCCAUCAUGCAAGUCUACAUCAGCCUGGAGCAAAGCUACAGAACAAAGACAAGAGGGUUAUGUGGAAACUUUAACAUGAUCCUAUCUGAUGACAUGAAGACUCCUCAAGGGAUUGUAGAGGGAACUGCAGCUACUUUCAGUAAUCCUUGGAAGGCUAAGACUUCCUGCAGCGACAGAGAGGACAGACUGGAUGACCCCUGCUCCCUGAGUGUGGAAAAUGAACAAUACGCCAAGCACUGGUGCACUUUGCUCUUAAGCCCAAACAGUACAUUCUCUCAGUGCCGAUCUGUGGUGGAUCCUGAGAUAUACUACAAGCGAUGCCUUUAUUCUAGCUGUAACUGUGAGAAGAGCGAGGCCUGCCUGUGUGCAGUCUUCUCCUCUUAUGCUCGAGCUUGUGCAGCAAAUGGAGUGUACCUGACGGACUGGAGGGAAACAGUGUGCGAUAAAUACAUAAAGAGCUGCCCAGCAUCUCAAGUCUUCUCUUACAAACAGAGAUGCCAGCUGACUUGCAGAUCACUGGGCUCUGAGCAGCAGAGUUGCAGCUCUGACUUCUUGCCUGUUGAUGGAUGCGCCUGUGCUGAGGGUUUCUAUCUGAAUGAACAUGAAAUUUGCGUCCCCAUGGCAAAAUGUUCCUGUUACCAUAAUGGAGUCUAUGUUAAGGCAGGAAAGUCCAUCACUAUUAACAAUGAGCACUGUGUGUGUAACAGUGGAGUGCUUCAUUGUCAUUCUUGGAAAACCCGCUUAUCAGGAUGCAAAUUUCCAAAAGUGUUCUUCAACUGUUCCACUGCAAGCAAAGGAGAGUUUGGACUGCAAUGUGUUCGCACUUGUUUAAAUCUGGACAGUAAUGAUUGUGACUCCACAGAUUGCGAGUCUGGAUGUCUGUGUCCUAAUGGCCUCCUUGAUGAUGGCAAGGGCUCCUGUGUGAAAGAAAGUGAAUGUCCAUGUAAGCAUAACGAUCAACUUUAUGCCCAUGGAACACAAAUUCCUAAAGACUGUAACACUUGUACCUGCAAAAGUGGUAAAUGGGAGUGCACAGAGAACAAAUGUCCAGGGACCUGUGUUAUCUAUGGAAGUGGCCACUACAAUACAUUUGAUCAGCAACCAUAUGGCUUUCAAGGAAACUGUGCAUAUAUUGCUGCCAAGAAUAAAUGUGGCAAUAAAACAGUAGAGAAAAACUUCACAGUUAUCACAGAAAACGUAGAAUGCGGAUCUACGGGUACCACUUGCUCCAAAAUUGUCAGAGUUCAACUUGGGAGAAUGGAAAUCAAACUGUCAAGGGGUAAAUAUAAAGAAGAGGAUCUGGGAUAUGGCCCAGAGAUUAAGUACAGAAUAAGGAGGGUUGGCUUGUACCUGGUGGUAGAAUCUGACAUUGGUCUGGCAGUAAUGUGGGAUCGCAAAACAACUGUUCGCAUUCUUCUGGAACCACAACACUCUGGUGAGGUUUGUGGCUUAUGUGGAAAUUUUGAUGGUGAUGGACAGAAUGACUUCACCACCCAGGGUCAGCUGGUAGUAAGUAAUCAGUUAGAAUUUGCAAACAGCUGGAAAGUAUCCAGCACGUGCCCUGAUGUGGAAGAGAAUGUUGACGCUUGUGUCGCGUCACCCCAACGACACAGAUGGGCAAAAAUUAUGUGCAACAUCAUUAUAGGAACUACAUUCAAAGACUGCCACAAAAAGGUAGAUCCUCAUCCAUUUCAUGAAAACUGUAUACAAGACUCAUGUGCCUGUGACACUGGUGGAGACUGUGAGUGUUUCUGCUCAGCAGUUGCAGCUUAUGCUCAAGCUUGUAAUGAGGCUGGUGUCUGCGUUGCUUGGAGAACUCCAGAUAUCUGUCCUGUGUUUUGUGAUUACUAUAACAACCCUGAUGAUUGCAUGUGGCACUACAACCCUUGCCACACACCUUGUUAUAAGACAUGCUUAAAUCCAGAAGGAAUUUGUAGUAACCCUAUACCCAAUCUGGAAGGCUGUUACCCAGUAUGCCCAGAAGACAAGCCCAUAUUUGAUGAAAAAAACCAGACAUGUGUCGACAUAUGUCCUUAUUGCAUAUACAACGGGACAAUAUAUGAUGAAUAUGAUGUUGUUUACAAUGCCACUGACAACAUGGGGACGUGCUAUUAUGGAAUCUGUAUUAAUUCAACUGUCAUACAUAUCAGUGAACCCUGUGGACCAACAUCACCACCUACCACACCCAAAACCCCACCAACAACUCCAACCACAACCACAGAAGCCACAACCCCACCCACCACACCAACUACAACUACGCCGACCACCACCACAGAAGCCACAACCCCACCCACCACACCAACUACAACAACCCCGACCACCACCACAGAAGCCACAACCCCCCCCACCACACCAACUACAACAACUCCAACCACAACAACGGAAUCCACAACCCCACCCACCACACCAACUACAACUACCCCGACCACCACCACAAAAGCCACAACCCCACCCACCACACCAACUACAACAACCCCGACCACCACCACAGAAGCCACAACUCCCCCCACCACACCAACUACAACAACUCCAACCACAACAACGGAAUCCACAACCCCACCCACCACACCAACUACAACUACCCCGACCACCACCACAAAAGCCACAACCCCACCCACCACACCAACUACAACAACCCUGACAACCACUACACCUAUCUCAGUAACACCUUGUGUUCCAAAGUGUGAGUGGUCAGACUGGUAUAACGUUCAUGAUCCAAAAACAGACAAAAGUGACUGGGAAACUUACGAAAACAUAACAAACAGUGGUCUACAUAUAUGUGCUAAUCCAACAGAAAUUGAAUGUAGGUCAGCUGAUUUGCCAGACAAAGAUUUUGAUGAUUUUAUUGAAGAAAAUAGCCAAGUUGUUGCAUGUGAUGUGAAAUUCGGUUUAAUCUGUAAAAAAGAAGACCAGCCAUUGCGUCCAGGAAAGUGCUUUGACUAUGAGAUUCAAGUAUGUUGUCCGGUGGUAAUAUGUGAGCCCACAACACCGGAAACUCCAUCUACCACGUCCACUACCACAACCACCACAAGAUCUACAACCCCACCCACCACACCAACUACAACUACCCCGACCACCACCACAAAGGCCACAACCCCACCCACCACGCCAACUACAACUACACCAACCACAACCACGGAAUCCACAACCCGACCCACCACACCAACUACAACAACUCCAACCACAACCACAAAAGCCACGACCACACCAACUACAACAACCCCAACCACAACCACAGAAGCCACAACCCCACCCACCACACCAACUACAACAACUCCAACCACAACCACAAAAGCCACAACCCCACCCACCACACCAACUACAACUACCCCGACCACUACCACAGAAGCCACAACCCCCCCCACCACACCAACUACAACUACACCAACCACAACCACAGAAGCCACAACCCGACCCACCACACCAACUACAACAACUCCAACCACCACCACAAAAGCCACGACCACACCAACUACAACAACCCCAACCACAACCACAGAAGCCACAACCCCACCCACCACACCAACUACAACAACUCCAACCACAACCACAGAAGCCACAACCCCACCCACCAGACCAACUACAACAACCCUAACCACAACCACAGAAGCCACAACCCCACCCACCAGACCAACUACAACAACCCCAACCACAACCACAGAAGCCACAACCCCACCCACCACACCAACUACAACUACCCCGACCACCACCACAAAAGCCACGACCACACCAACUACAACUACCCCGACCACUACCACAAAAGCCACAACCCCACCCACCACACCAACUACAACUACCCCAACCACAACCACAGAAGCCACAACCCCACCCACCACACCAACUACAACUACCCCGACCACUACCACAGAAGCCACAACCCCCCCCACCACACCAACUACAACUACACCAACCACAACCACAAAAGCCACGACCACACCAGCUACAACAACCCCAACUACAACCACAGAAACCACAACCCCACCCACCAAACCAACUACAACAACUCCAACCACAACAACGGAAUCCACAACCCCAGCCACCACACCAACUACAACUACCCCGACCACCACCACAAAAGUCACAACCCCACCCACCAGACCAACUACAACUACCACCACCACCACCACAAAAGUCACAACCCCACCCACCAGACCAACUACAACUACCACCACCACCACCACAAAAGUCACAACCCCACCCACCACACCAACUACAACAACUCCGACCACCACCACAGAAGUCACAACCCCACCCACCACACCAACUACAACUACCCCGACCACCACCACAAAAGCCACAACUCCACCAACCACACCAACUACAACAACUCCAACCACCACCACAAAAGCCACGACCACACCAGCUACAACAACCCCAACUACAACCACAGAAGCCACAACCCCACCCACCACACCAACUACAACAACUCCAACCACAACAACGGACCCACCCACCACACCAACUACAACAACUCCGACCACCACCACAGAAGUCACAACCCCACCCACCACACCAACUACAACUACCCCGACCACCACCACAAAAGCCACAACUCCACCAACCACACUAACUACAACUACCCCGACCACCACCACUAAAGCCACAACCCCACCCACCACACUAACUACAACUACCCCGACCACCACCACAAAACCCACAACCCCACCCACCACACCAACUACAACAACCCUGACAACCACUACACCUAUCUCAGUAACACCUUGUGUUCCAAAGUGUGAGUGGUCAGACUGGUAUAACGUUCAUGAUCCAAAAACAGACAAAAGUGACUGGGAAACUUACGAAAACAUAACAAACAGUGGUCUACAUAUAUGUGCUAAUCCAACAGAAAUUGAAUGUAGGUCAGCUGAUUUGCCAGACAAAGAUUUUGAUGAUUUUGUUGAAGAAAAUAGCCAAGUUGUUGCAUGUGAUGUGAAAUUCGGUUUAAUCUGUAAAAAAGAAGACCAGCCAUUGCGUCCAGGAAAGUGCUUUGACUAUGAGAUUCAAGUAUGUUGUCCGGUGGUAAUAUGCGAGCCCACAACACCGGAAACUCCAUCUACCACGUCCACUACCACAACCACCACAAGAUCUACAACCCCACCUACCACACCAACUACAACUACCCCGACCACCACCACAAAGGCCACAACCCCACCCACAAUGCCAACUACAACUACACCAACCACAACCACGGAAUCCACAACCCGACCCACCACACCAACUACAACAACUCCAACCACCACCACAAAAGCCACGACCACACCAACUACAACAACCCCAACCACAACCACAGAAGCCACAACCCCACCCACCACACCAACUACAACAACUCCAACCACAACGACGGAAUCCACAACCCCACCCACUACACUAACUACAACUACCCCGACCACCACCACAGAAGCCACAACCCCACCCACCACACCAACUACAACAACUACAACAACCCCAACCACAACCACAGAAGCCACAACCCCACCCACCACACCAACUACAACUACCCCGACCACCACCACAGAAGCCACAACCCCACCCACCAGACCAACUACAACAACCCCGACCACCACCACAGAAGCCACAACCCCACCCACCACACCAACUACAACUACCCCGACCACCACCACAGAAGCCACAACCCCACCCACCACACCAACUACAACAACCCCGACCACCACCACAGAAGCCACAACCCCACCCACCACACCAACUACAACUACCCCGACCACCACCACAGAAGCCACAACCCCACCUACAACACCAACUACAACUACCCCGACCACCACCACAGAAGCCACAACCACACCAACUACAACAACCCCAACCACAACCACAGAAGCCACAACCCCACCCACCAGACCAACUACAACAACUCCAACCACAACCACAGAAGCCACAACCCCACCCACCACACCAACUACAACUACCCCGACCACCACCACAGAAGCCACGACCACACCAACUACAACAACCCCAACCACAACCACAGAAGCCACAACCCCACCCACCAGACCAACUACAACAACCCCAACCACAACCACAGAAGCCACAACCCCACCCACCAGACCAACUACAACAACCCCAACCACAACCACAGAAGCCACAACCCCACCCACCACACCAACUACAACUACCCCGACCACCACCACAAAAGCCACAACCACACCUACGACGCCAACUACAACUACCCCGACCACCACCACAAAAGCCACAACCCCACCCACCACACUAACAACAACUACCCCGACCACUACAACAAAAGCCACAACCCCACCUACCACACCAACUACAACAACACCAACCACUACCACAAAAGCCACAACCCCACCCACCACAACAACAACUACCCCAACCACGACCACAGAAUCAAUUAUUACUGGUCCUACAGAAUCAACUAUUUCUUUACCCACUUAUACUCCUCAAAUCAGUAUAUAUACAACUGGUACCCAUUCAACAAAAACGACACCCAUUCCCACAACAGAAUGCUUCUGUAUUUUUAAUGGAACUCAUUAUACGCCAGGUGAAGUCAUAUUCAACAUGACUUACAUUGGCUCAGGCAUAUGUCUUACUAUAAUAUGUUCUGAUGUUUGUGAAAUCCAAAACAAGACUGCCAUUUGCUUGACCACCCCUCCGCCUACACCUAUACCCACACCCACACCCACACCCAUACCUGAAUGUCCUGAGUGGGAUGUUGUUCAAAACGAGACCUUCAUUUUGUGCAACUGUACCAUGGCCAGAUGCAUUGAAAACAAUACAAUUGAAAUAAUUGAGUAUGAGUGUCCACCCCUCCAGAACAUAACUUGUACUAAUGGGAAGAAACCAGUUCUUGUUUAUGAUGAGUUCUACUGUUGCCAACAUUAUGCAUGUGACUGUGUUUGUGAGGGCUGGGGAGAUCCUCAUUACAUCACAUUUGAUGGACUUUACUAUAGUUAUCAAGGAAAUUGUACUUAUGUUUUGAUGGAGGAAAUCACAGCAAGACAUAAUCUAAAGAUUUACACUGACAAUGUUUUUUGUGAUCCCACGGAAGAUGUUUCUUGUCCACGAUCAAUAAUCAUAUCAUAUGGGUCACAAUCUGUCACACUCAUAAAUCAUAACUUAAUUGGAGCACCGCAGUUGGAGGCAUUUAAAAAUGGAGAAAGUCUAAAACUGCCUCAUUCACAAAAUGGUAUUAAGAUCAUGAGUUCUGGCAUUAACUUGGUGUUUGAGAUCCCUCGCCUAAAAGUGGUCAUUACCUUUGGAAUGACUGGCUUUAGUAUCAACCUUCCAUAUCAGUACUUUGGUGGAAACACACAGGGUCACUGUGGGACAUGUACCAACAAUCAGGCUGAUGACUGCAUGUUGCCGGGGGGUGAGCUGGUGGAAAAUUGUGCAGUGAUGGCUGACUAUUGGCCUGCAAAUGAUAUUUACCAACCCAACUGCCCAACACCACCUGUACUACCCACCAAUGUACCUGAACCUCCACUGGAACCAACACCAUGCAAGCCAGACUCCAUAUGUGAUAUGCUUAAGAGCAGUGUCUUUGCAGAAUGCCAUCCUUUGGUGUCUCCAGACAAUUUCUACAGAGGUUGUGUGUUUGAUAGUUGCCAUGUAUCCAACCCAGUUGUGGAAUGUACGAGCUUGCAAACUUAUGCUGCUGCCUGUGCUCAGGCUGGAGUUUGCCUCCACUGGAGAAACCACACCACACUGUGUGCCAGCGACUGCCCAUCAAACAAAAUUUACAUGCCUUGUGGUCCUGCAGAACAGCCAACCUGUGAAGACAAUGAACCAACUUUGAACUUCACAGUUGAGGGCUGCUUUUGCCCUGAAGGAAUGAAACUCUUCAACAGAGAGUCUGAUAUAUGUGUUGAAAAGUGUGGAUGUCUUGAUCCUGAGGGCAUUCCUCGUGAGUUUAACGAGAUGUUUGAGUACAAAUGCCAGGACUGCAUUUGUGAUGAGCCCACAAAGACUGUGAUUUGUAAGCCUAAGACUUGCCCAGCACCACCCAUUUCUAACUGCACUGGUGCAGGGUUUGUCCUUGUGAGCCAGCCAAAUCCAGCAGACCCCUGCUGCACUGCCUAUGUUUGCCAAUGCCAAAUCAACACUUGCCCAGUAAACAACAUAAACUGUCCAGUUGGAUACAAGCCAGUUAUUAGUGUUCCUGAGGGGAAAUGCUGUCCAGCACAAACAUGUGAACCUAAAAGAGUGUGUGUCCACAAUGAAGUUGAGUAUGAGCUCGGUUCUUCAGUUCCUGUAUAUAAAUGUCAGGAUUGUACCUGCAGCAAUGAGGUCGACCCAAGAACUGGUCUGUUCAAAAUAAUUUGUGUGAUGAAGCAAUGUGAAGAGAAUUGUGACUUGGGCUAUGAAUAUGUGGAAACUAACUCUGAUGAAUGCUGUGGAAAGUGUGUGCAGAAACAGUGUGUCUUCAAUGUAAAUGGUACUCAGCAACUCUUGAAGGAAGGAGAAACCUGGUCACCAUCUGAUAAUAGGUGUGAGCAUUACACCUGUGUUAAGAUUGGUGAGACUUUCACACCGAUCAGGUCAAACAUAGUCUGCCCUCCAUUCCAGCAGGACAACUGUCAACCUGGCACAAUUCAGACUGCAGCAAAUGGCUGCUGUAAAACCUGUGUGGAGAAAGAAAAGGCCUGCAAGUUAGUGCCCAUGAAAACUAAAGUUUCAAGCCAUGGCUGUCAGUCUGAACAGGUGGUGGAUAUGCCAUAUUGUGAAGGAUCCUGCAACACUUUCACCAAAUACUCUGAAGCAGCAGCUGCAAUGCAACAUUCUUGCUCCUGCUGUAAGGAGACGCGUUUCAGUAAUCGCACUGUUAACUUGGUGUGCCUGAAUGGAGACACCUUCCCUCACACUUACAUGUAUGUGGAGGAGUGUGGAUGCAGCCACACAGACUGCACCAAACCUGCUGGAAUUCCUGCGCGCAGAAAGCGAAGCGUCACACUGCUGUGA